GCUCAGAUACUCAUUUCGUCCGCAAACAUCGUGGGUCAAGCAUUAUUAAAUGCCGACUUGCGAUUCGUACUUGAUACAACAAUAAAACUAGUCAAAAACGCAACGAGUCAGAGUCGAAAAAUCUCGAUCUUUGCGUGAUUUUCGCGGAGUGCAUCCUGCUGAAUCGUCAACAUAAUAUUAUCGCGGACAUUCACCCAUCAAAAUAUUGUCCAUGUUGUCACAACUGUGCGACAUUCGACACAUCGGAGUUGGUGCGACGUACAUUUGCCGGCAAACAACGACGCUCGAUAAUUUUUGUAAAGACGACACGUAGAAAUGUGCUCUAUGAUACAUUGCUGAAAACAUCGAGAUGUUGGCGAUUGGUCCUAAUACGUUUCUUCGGGAGAUAAUUGAGUAAGAUAUUGUUUGUACACGCAAGAGGCGGCAAAAAUUCACGAAUUAUAAGUGAUUGUAAUAGCGAAUUCAGCAUCCAUACAGAAGAAAUCAUCAUCUUGUGAGGGAUUUAAAGCAUACACGCCGAGAGAAUCGUUUUCGAGAUAGAGAUACUUCGCAGAAAAGUAUUCUGUACAUCGCAUGCAUUUACAAGAAAAAAACGCGCAGGAUUUUAUUAAGGAACGCCGUAUCAAAUUUACGAGCGAGCGCAAAACCCAGCCCCGCCGACGAGCAGCAGAUCAGCGCAGAUUCAGCAGGAAGAUUUCGUCCGGACUUACUGAUCCGCAACAGCUACAUCGGCUUCAUAUUCGACAAAGUUUCCUAUCGAACGCGAGGGUUUAAUAUCUGAUUUUUUUAACCAAGGCAGCUUCACCCACACGCGCCGACAUCGUAGAAUGGUAGAAGGUGAACCCGACACAAAGCGCAAUAUUAAGUGUGAUGUAAAAGACGAGCGGCUAAACGGUUGCGGUUCUAAGGACCUCGAACUUGCCCGUAUCGGAUUAAAAGGCAAGACUCUCGAUCCAGAGAAGGGAUCCUAUAUUCAAGCUGAUUUCGAAAAAGCCAUCGAAUUAAGCAAAUAUGGCAAGUUUCAUUACUUUCUGCUCACGGUAUGCGGCUUCGUCAGCACCAGCGAGGAGAUGGACGUGAUCUCCAUGUCCUUCAUCCUGCCGAGUGCACAAUGUGACCUGAAACUCAACACCCAAUCGAAGGGAUGGCUCAACUCGAUUAUCUUUAUCGGGAUGAUGGCCGGGGCGUACGCAUGGGGCUCCGUAGCGGACGCUCUCGGCCGUCGGAAAGUCCUGAUCGCCAUCUCAUUCAUGAACGCCUUGUGCAUUGUCGCUUCUAGUUUCUGCCAAACGUACGAACUCUUCAUGUUGUUUCGUUUCCUGAACGGCGCGGCACUGGGAGGUAGCGGACCGGUCAUCUGGUCGUAUUUCGCUGAAUUUCAACCAAAGUCCAAACGCGGCUCUAUGCUGUCUUUCAUGGCGGCAUUCUGGACAUUGGGAAAUCUUUUCGUGGCCGGUUUAGCAUGGUUGAUAAUCCCUAGAGAAAUGGGUUUCACGAGUUCGACGUUCACCUACAAUUCUUGGCGAAUCUUCCUGCUGAUCUGCGCUAUUCCGUCGUUCGUUGUGACGGGGUUGCUUCUGUUGCUUCCCGAAUCUCCCAAAUAUCUUUUGUCUUCCGGAAAGUAUGAGGAGGCACUCGAGAUCUUUCGCAAAAUAUAUGUCAUUAAUACCGGUAAACCACGUGACACCUAUAUGGUAAAAGAACUAAUUCUCGAUGACUAUCAAGAAUCAAAUCCGGUGAAAAACGAAGUCGAGGAGAAGAGCAAAUGCAAAACUAUGCUGAGUGACAUUGUGGAGAAUAGCAGACAGCUAUUUGUAACGCCCAUUCUUCGUUUCACGAUAAUAUCGAUCGUUAUUAAUUUCACCUUUCACAUCGGUUACUAUGGUCUCAUGAUGUGGUUCCCGGAACUAUUCAAUCGUUUUGACGAAUUUCAUCGUGAUCAACCGGGCGUAGUGGCCUCGAUAUGCCAGGUCACCGACUAUGUCGUUAAUAAGGGUUCGCAUAGUAUCGAGAAUGUUUGCUCCGAUAAAAUCGGAACAUCCGUUUUUAUGGAAUCCCUUAUCACGGUGGCAUCCGCUAUACCUGCCAAUAUCAUUGCUGUCCUGGGGAUGGAUCGCCUUGGGCGUAAAUUUUUUCUAGUGUUCAGCACAUUUUCAUCGGGGCUUUGCUCGAUUGGUUUAUAUUUCGUAUACAAUAAGUAUCAGAAUUUGAUCGUAUCAGCUAUAUUUAGUGGCGCGAUAAGUUGCGGUAACGCGGCGUUGGAUUGUCUCAUUACUGAGGUAUUCCCGACGCAAUUGCGUGCAACCGGAAUCGCCAUAUCAAUGGUCGCCGCCCGCCUUGGCGGGAUAAUUGGUAAUAUAGUUAUAGCCCAGCUCCUGGACAUGUAUUGUCCGGCACCGACCUUCAUAGUGGCUGCUCUCCUGAUUGGAGGAGGCUUACUGUGUUUAUUCCUACCGAACACAACGCGCGAGCCACUUUCCUGACCCCAGCAGAAGUCCACAUCCAUCAGUCUGCAAUCAUUUAUAUAUUUCUUUCGAAUACAAACGUCGCAAUGAAUUUUAAAAAAUCUUGACGAAUAAAAUACAGCAUUGUAUAAAGUAAAAUUUAAAGUUCGAAAAUAUCCUCAUUUUGUAAGUAGAAAACUAAAGAAUCUCUAUUGUUCAUGAUUAUCCUUAUUAGAUAAACAAAAGAUUUUUAAGUAAAAUAUUGCAGCGGAAUAGUAUGAAAAUAUAAAUGUAACAUCUAAGAUGCUACAACCAGUACAAGAGAGCUGUAACAGAAUUAGAUAUUUUAGUAAAAUUUUAUAUAUAUAUUGAUAUAUUAUAAUCAUACAGAAUUUAGAUAAAAUAAUUAAAAUAUAAAUUAAAUAUGAUAUAUAAUAAACUAAAAUAUUAUAUAAUUUUCAUAUGUCCCUCUAUAUACACAAAGAAAAUUUUACAAUUACACAAUAAUUUACAUACACAAAUUACAUGAAAAAUACAUUCCUUUUACAUAUUUUAUAAAACUUAAAUAUAACAUUAGAAUAUCUAUUACUUUAAAAGUUAUAAAUUAUGCAAUUGUUUUUAAUUAAUUGUUUAUUAAUGAUUAUGCAUUGGUUCGUGUAUUAAAAUAUUUGAAUAAUUACAAUACUCUUUUGUAAAAUAUAUAUACGUAUAUAUUAUUAAAUAAAAAUAUCGUAACUUUUGUUAUAUUUUUUCCAUGUAUAUGUUAAAGAUAUUCAUAACAUAAAAUUUCAAUGAUAAAAUAAUAAUAAAAUAAAUUUGUCGUUUUACUUGCGAUGAAAAAUUUGAUAUACAUUUAUUAUAAUAAUAAAAUAACAAAGUCAGUAUGAAAAAGAAAACGAUAUUUUUUUUAGGCUUUUUAUAUACUUUCCUAUAAUUUCUUUUGUUAUAUCAUAACUGAAAGUCAUAGAAGGUACAUACGGUACAAUUAAAUACAUGUUGAGCAUGUUGAAAUAGAAUAGGAAGUAAAUAAAAAAACAAGAUAUGAAGUAAA